AUGAUUCCCAAACAAUUGAUGGAAGUCUCAGAAAAACUGAGAAUUCAAGCUGAAAAGGAUAAAUUGAGAGCAAAUAAAAAGAAGGCAAGAAUUAUCAAUUCUACCAAGACAAUUCUCUCUGACCUAGUUCCUGACAUUGUUGUUGAUAACAAUGCAUCCAUCAUUGAUCAAUUGGGAACUCUUGUAACAACAAUUGGUGCAGAGGCAACUGAUCUGGAGAAGGUUGCAAGCUUAUUUGUAGGCAGAGAUGAAGCUCCAAUCACCUUUGCUGUUGCAAUUGUAGUGAUGUUGUUGAUUUUCUACAUGUUUAGUAGGCAGAGAAGAAGAUUGCCCCCAGGUCCAUUUCCCUGGCCUAUCGUGGGAAAUCUCCUGCAGAUGGGAGAGCUCAUCCACCGUAGCUUUUAUGACAUUUCUAAGAAAUAUGGACCAAUUGCAUCCCUGAAAAUGGGUUCUGUUACUGUAAUUGUGAUUUCUUCUCCUGAGAUGGCGAAAGAAGUUUUGAAAACUAAUGAUCUAAUCUUUGCGGGCCGACCUGCAACUGCUGCAGCAAAGUACUUAUUCUAUGACUUCAAGGACGUGGGAUUCACUCCAUACGGGCCUUAUUGGAGACAGAUGAAGAAACUCUUCAUGGUGGAAUUGUUGAAUGCCAAAAGAAUCGAGUCCAUGAGAUCAAUGCGAGAGGAAGCGGUGUCUCUGGCCGUCCGAUCAGUGUGGGAGAAGAGCCGCCAUGGAACAGUUGCCGUCAAUCUUAGCCAGAUAAUCGCAUCCCUUGUAAGUUCGCAAAUACUGAGAAUCCUUUAUGGCACCACAUCUGAGGAUCAGGGUUUGGAUAGCAAUGGCGAGAAAAUUAAGGAAUUGUUAUUAGAGGCCUCAAUGGCUGUGGGAGUAUUCAACAUUGGAGACUUUAUUCCCUGGCUUGACUGGCUCGAUUUGCAAGGUGUCAAGCGACGAAUGAAGACUGUAAACAAGUCUUUCGACGAAAUGAUGACAAAAAUAAUAGAACAGCACAGACAGAGGAGAAGCUCAAACUUGGGGAAUCAGCAGCAGCAGCCCAAUUCAAAGGAUGUCAUUGAUGCUCUGUUGGAUAUGCAGGCCGCCGAUUCCGUCACUAUCACAGAUGAUCACAUUAAGGCCAUUGUAUUUAAUGUUUUUGCGGGUGGAAUGGAAACGACGUCCACUACAAUGGAGUGGACGAUGAGCUCGUUGAUCCAAAAUCCUCAUGUGCUGAAGAAAUUGCAAGCGGAAGUUGAAGCCAUAGUAGGCAAAGAGAGGGUCGUACAAGAAAGUGAACUCAAAGGUAUGGAAUAUCUUGUGUGUGUGGUGAAUGAGACAGUAAGAUUAUAUCCGGCGGUGCCGUUGCUAAUCCCACAUGAGUCAACAGAAGAUUGCACUAUUGAUGGGUACUUCAUUCCUAAGAAGAGCAGGGCUUUUGUCAACAGUUGGGCUUUGGGAAGAGAUCCCAAAGUGUGGAAGGAUCCAUUGGAAUUCAAGCCUGAAAGGUUUAUGGGUAGAGAUAUUGAUUUUAUUAAAGGGAAGGAGUAUUUUGAUGUGGUUCCCUUCGGUGCAGGAAGGAGGGCAUGCCCCGGGAUUAGCAUGUCCUUUUCCAUGAUGACUUUUACCAUAGCUCAACUAGUGCAUUGCUUUGAUUGGAGAGUCGAGGGGGAAUUAGAUAUGAGUGAAUGCAAUGGAGCCUCCUUACCUAGAAAACAUGAUAUUCUCGCCAUUCCAUCAUUGAGGUUGCAUACCUGCCCAUGA